CCCCUCGCCUUCUCCCUCGCCCGCUGCCGCGAUGGCCCAGCAGCAGGUGAGCAGCUCGCAGAAGGCGCUGAUGCUGGAGCUGAAGGGGCUGCAGGAGGAGCCCGUCGAGGGCUUCCGCAUCACCCUGGUGGACGAGUCCGACCUCUACAACUGGGAGGUGGCCAUCUUCGGGCCGCCCAACACCCUCUACGAGGGAGGCUACUUCAAGGCGCAUAUUAAAUUUCCUAUGGACUACCCAUAUUCACCACCUACCUUCAGAUUCCUGACCAAAAUGUGGCAUCCCAACAUUUAUGAGAAUGGAGAUGUAUGUAUUUCAAUCCUUCACCCACCUGUAGAUGACCCUCAAAGUGGAGAGCUGCCAUCUGAAAGGUGGAACCCAACCCAGAAUGUCAGGACUAUCCUUCUGAGCGUCAUCUCUUUGCUUAAUGAGCCCAACACCUUCUCUCCGGCGAACGUCGAUGCUUCAGUAAUGUUCAGGAAAUGGAGGGACAGCAAAGGCAAAGACAAAGAAUAUGCUGAGAUCAUUCGGAAACAAGUCCAGGCCACCAAGGCGGAAGCGGAAAAGGACGGGGUGAAGGUUCCUACCACGCUGGCGGAAUAUUGCAUCAAAACUAAAGUGCCUUCCAGUGACAACAGCUCAGAUUUGCUUUAUGACGACUUGUACGACGAUGACAUUGACGACGAGGAUGAGGAAGAGGAGGAGGACGCCGAUUGUUACGACGACGAUGAUUCUGGCAAUGAGGAGUCGUGACCUGCUCCCUCCGGCCCCCGCCCUGCUCCGCCUGCUGUGCCAGAGGGGGCGAGGAGCAGCGGUAACCUAGUGACAGUUCAGCAAAAAAUACAUAUAUACAUGGGGGGGGGGGAGAUACCAACCAAGCCCGCGCCUCCUGCUUUCUCCUGUUGUAUGGAUCUCGGUCUUUCCCGCCCCCCCCUUCCUGUUCUGUUUGGAAGGAAGCCCCUCUGCAGAACGUCACCAUUCUUGCAUUCUUCCCAGUCACUUGUGUUCUGGGUUUUUGUUUCUCUCUCAAGGAAAGGAAGAAAGCGAUGCUCUUUCCGCACACGCCCCUCUUCUCACUCUCCCUGCCGCCUUUUCCAGGAGCAUUCACAACCUGACUCAAAACAGGUUUGCUCUGUGUUUAGGAUCUUGAAUUAAACAGUCUUUGAUCAAGA